CACAAGUUCACCCAUUCAGUUAAAGUAGGUCGCUUCCCCAGCGUAGCACUGGCAUUCCCCACUCUGUUUUACUGAUAGAAACCAUAUAUCAGCGUUAGGAAGAUAUGUGACAUCAGCACUGAUGUGAAAAUAGAAAAUCAGAAAACCAGAAUGCUCUGUUAGACAUUAAUUCUCUGUGCAAGUGCACAGUCGUCAUCCAAACCAUUUAAAUAAUGUAUACAACAAGUCAAUACUUUUUUUUUUUCCUAGUCAUAAAAAUAAGAUGGGCAGCGCAAUCAAAGCCAUUUGUAUCAACCUUUUCCUAUAAAUACCCAUAUCCAUCAUAAGUUUGUAACAGACCAUAAGCAACAACAGCCAUGGCCAUACAUAAAUCUCUCUCCCUCGCUUUUCUCCUCUUUUUCCUACCCUUUCUUUCUUCUUCCCAUGCAACAAUAUCAUCUGCAACAGCAGGACUGCCAGAAGCAGAGGCUCUCCUGAAAUGGAAAGCCAGCCUCUCACCAGCACAAGCUCUCCACUCAUGGUCACUUCCUGCUACUAAUGCCAGCACCAACACCCUAUCUCCAUGCAAAUGGACUGGGAUUUCAUGUAACAGCCUUGGAAGUGUAACAGAGAUAAACCUACCGAGUGCAGGCUUGCAAGGUAAGCUCGACAACUUGAGCUUCCCCUCAUUUCCAAACCUCAUUCAUCUCAAUCUCAGUGGCAACACUCUCAUUGGAACCAUCCCAGCUCAUAUCGGCACUCUUUACAAACUCAUGUCCCUCGAUCUGUCUGCAAAUAAAAUAAAUGGAUCAAUACCUGUGGAAAUAGGGAAUCUUGUGAAUUUGAAUGAGCUACACUUGUCCAAUAACCAUCUAGAUGGUUCCAUCCCUUCCACUUUAGGGAACUUGUCAAAGCUUUCCAUCUUGCGCCUGCACCAAAAUCGAAUCUCUGGCUCCAUUCCACCACAGAUGGGGAAUCUACAAGAUCUUGUUAAGUUGACUGUGUAUCAAAAUAAUCUGACGGGUCUGAUCCCUCCAGCUUUAGGUAAUUUGAGAAACCUUACAUUAUUGUCCCUCUACAGCAAUCAAAUUUCUGGUUCAAUUCCUCCACAAUUUGGGAAUUUGAUGAAUCUCAAAAUUCUUGAUCUGUCCAAUAACAGUCUAACAGGUUCUAUCCCUUCCACUUUAGGGAAGUUGACAAAGCUGACAGUCCUCUACCUCUUUCAAAAUCAAAUUUCUGGUUCUAUUCCUCCAGAACUUGGGAAUUUAAUGAGUCUCAAUAAGCUAACAUUGAGGCAAAACAAUCUGACUGGUCUGAUCCCUCCUGCUUUGGGUAAUUUGAGAAACCUUACAUUGUUGUUCCUCUACAGCAAUCAAAUUUCUGGUUCAAUUCCUCCACAAUUUGGGAAUUUAAAGAAUCUUGAAAAUCUUGAUCUGUCCAAUAACAGUCUAACAGGUUAUAUCCCUUCUACUUUAGGAAACUUGACCAAGCUUACUAGGUUGUCCUUUGCUGACUGUCAAUUAUCUGGUUCCUUGCCUCAAGAAAUGACAAAUAUGACAAAUCUUUCUAAACUCUACUUGGAUGGCAACAGCCUCUCUGGCUAUUUACCUCAGUUAUGCCAGGGCGGAUCUCUUCAAUUCUUCACUGCUGUUGGCAACCAUUUCACUGGUGAGAUCCCAAAAAGCAUCAGAAAUUGCACUAGCUUAAUAAGAGUGCGACUUAAUGGAAACCGACUUGCUGCAAACGUAUCGGAAGCCUUUGGUGUAUACCCGCAUCUCUCAUUCAUGGAUGUCAGCAACAACAUGUUGUUUGGUGAACUCUCAACAAAUUGGGGAGAAUGCCGAAAUUUGACAAAACUACAAUUAUCCGGGAACAUGAUCACCGGUAGAAUUCCUCCUGAGAUAGGGCAGUUGAUGCAGCUACGUGUGCUUGGUCUUUCUUCAAACCAGCUGGUAGGCAAGAUUCCAAAGGAAUUUGGGAGGCUGACUUCUUUGUUCAACUUAACUUUAAAUGAAAACCAGCUUUCUGGUCAGAUACCCCAAGAGAUUGGAAAACUAUCCAAUUUGGAGGUUCUCGACUUGUCAAUGAAUCACCUAAGCGGUCCAAUACCACCUCAAUUAGGUGAUUGCUUCAAACUCCAAUAUCUGAAAUUGAGCAAAAAUGUUUUAAAUGGAAGCAUUCCUUUUCAGAUCGGUAACCUAGUAUACCUACAGGGCUUACUAGAUCUAAGUCAUAACUCCCUCAAUGGACAAAUAUCACCACAACUCACAAAAUUGAUUCGGCUAGAAAAGUUAAACCUUUCCCACAACAUGCUGUCAGGCUCCAUUCCACCUUCUUUUGAAGGGAUGUUCAGCUUGCAAUCCAUUGAUUUUUCAUACAAUGCUUUGGAAGGUCCUCUUCCCAACAGCAAAAGCUUUCAGAAGGCUCCUGCAGAGGCAUUCAUAUAUAAUAAGGGCUUAUGUGGCGAAGUGCAAGGUUUGCGACCUUGCAAUGCCUCUUCAAUCAAUCAUGGUGAUGCGAUGAAAGGUCACAGAGUUGUGAUCCUCAUUAUUCUUCCUAUCUCAGUGGCCUUGUUUCUUUUAUUUGUAAUCAUUGGCAUUUCUUCCAUUUAUUACCAAAGAAGAAGAAAUAUAAAGAAAGGGGUUCUUGAGAGGAGCAAUGGAAAUCCAUUUUCAAUAUGGAAUUAUGAUGGGAUUGCUAUGUUCGAGGACAUUGUGGAGGUGACAGAGGGUUUUGAUGACAAAUAUUGCAUUGGAAUUGGAGGGUAUGGAAAAGUUUACAAAGCAAAUCUACCGCUGGGUCAGGUAGUAGCUGUGAAGAAACUUCACUCACUCGAAAGAGGGGAUCAAUCUGAUCAAAGAAGUUUUAGAAAUGAGAUACAAGUAUUAACCAAAAUCCAACAUCGCAACAUAGUGAAGCUUUAUGGCUUUUGCUGCCAUGCUCGAUGCUCGUUUCUCAUCUAUGAGUACAUGGAAAGGGGAAGCUUGGCAAGUAUCCUAAGCAAUGAUGAAGGAGCUGCACAAUUGGACUGGACUCUAAGGGUGAAGAUUGUUAAAGGUGUGGCCCAUGCUUUAUCUUACAUGCACCAUGAUUGCACCCUGCCAAUUGUCCAUCGAGACCUAUCAAGCAACAACGUUCUGCUGAAUUCAGAACUUGAGGCUAGUGUUUCUGAUUUUGGCACUGCACGAUUGCUGAUACCUGAUUCGUCCAAUUGGAAUACGCUUGCAGGCACUUAUGGAUACAUCGCUCCAGAGCUUGCAUAUACAAUGAGGGUGACUGAGAAAUGUGACGUCUAUAGCUUCGGUGUUGUGGCACUGGAAGUGAUGAUGGGAAGGCAUCCCGGGGAACUCAUCUCCACUUUGUCAUCACCAAAUAGAGAAGAUACACUGCUAAAGGAUAUGUUGGACCAACGUCUCUCCGAUCCGAUGGCAGAGGUUGCACAGGAAGUCAUAUUUGCAGUGUCCAUGGCCCUUGCAUGCAUUCGGCCGGAUCCAAACUUUCGGCCAACCAUGCACCACGUGGCUCAGAAGCUAUCUGUUGGUGGGCCUUCCUUCUCUCUAAAGCCAUUCCAUGCACUUACAUUUCAUCAACUGAUGGAUCUCAAGGUAUAAUUGGGUGUAUGAAAAUUAGUGAGGUCGUGGCUGUGUAGU